AUGGAGACGUACGGUCAGAACAGCAGCCAAAAUAUUGAUUUUGUGAUCCUAGGAUUCUGCACCAGUGAACAUUUGCAGAUCAUGUUGUUUGCUCUUUUCCUUUUCAUGUACCUCAUCACUCUAUCAGGACACUUGGCCAUUGUGACGGUAACGUUAAUUGACUCUGCCCUCCAAACCCCCAUGUAUUUCUUCCUGCGCAAUUUGUCUUCCAUCGAAAUCUGCUAUACCCUGGUCAUUGUGCCCAAGAUGUUGGCCAACUUCUUGGCUAAGAGAAGAAGAGUCUCCUUGACUGACUGUGCCACACAGAUGUAUUUUUUCAUUGCCCUUGGUGGUACUGAGUGCUUCCUCUUGGCUGUGAUGGCCUACGAUAGGUAUGUGGCCAUUUGCAAUCCACUGCGUUACACUGUCAUAAUGAGUCGGAAUUUUUGUGUGCAGCUAUUGGUGGUGGCUUUCAUUAGUGGCUUCACAAUCUCACUGGGACUCACCACCCUGAUUUUCAGGAUGCCUUUCUGUGGCUAUAAGAUCAAUCACUUCUUCUGUGACAUCCCAUCUAUGCUAUUCCUGGCCUGUAAUGACACACAUGCCAACGAGGUUGCUGUGUUCCUUGUCUGCAUGAUGAUCUUGCUCAUUCCAUUCUUCCUCAUUCUGGUUUCUUACAUGUUCAUUGCCAAUUCCAUCUUCAGGAUCAAAUGUGCUGAGGGGCGGAAGAAGGCCUUCUCCAUCUGUGCUGCUCACCUGACUGUAGCCAUGCUCCAUUAUGGCUGUGCCAUCUUCAUAUAUAUACGUCCUAAAUCCAGCUACUCCCUGGAUAAGGACAAGGUGGUCUCUCUGAUUUACACCAAUGUCACACCCAUGCUUUAUCCCAUGAUUUACAGUCUCAGAAACAAAGAAGUCAAGGGAGCACUCAAGAGAAUAUGGAAAAGGAAAUUUGUUUCCAUGGAAACACAGGCCUACAAGUGA